UACCUGGGGGCGGGGCUACUAGCGUUUGCGCAGUUUCUCAAACCCAUACGUCGUGUACACACACGUACGUACACGUGUAUGUACGCUCGCUCUCACACAGCUGACUGAAUAAUUAUGGAGAUCGAGAAGAGGGGGAGUGUAGUGCUGAUUUGCAUGAACAGGCCUCAUCGGCAGAACAAACUGACGUCAGAGAUAAUGCAGCAGCUCAUGGAAGGACUGGACAUAGCAGAAUCCUGGGAAGACGCAACAUGUUUGGUGACAACAGGCAUGGGGAAAUUCUACAGCGCUGGACUGGACAUUAAUACAGAGACGCCCCUCAAUCAAGACCCUCAUCAGAUCGCCCACGAUAUGGGACUACUGCAGAAACUAGUGGCACGUCUGCUCACCUUUCCCCUUCCUACCAUAGCAGCCAUCACAGGUCAUGCAUUUGGUGGAGGGGCAUUCCUGGCGUUGGCUCAUGACUACAGGAUAAUGAGCAGUGGUCGAGGAUGGUGGUGUCUCCCGGCAGCAAUAGUGGGCCUGCAGAUUCCUCUGUCCACUGGCUUCACUGCCCUCCUAAGAGAUAGUCACUGA